AUGGCGCCCACUGUACACUCUGCCAAAUUGACACUUUCGUGUCCGCUCUUUGCUGCCGACUUCGACCCGCGAGACAACGGUCGGCUCCUGGUUGGCGGCGGAGGCGGCGAGGGGCGCAGCGGAGUGGAAAACAAGAUCUCUUUGAUCGACACCUCGCAUCGCAAUGAUAUCAUCGAAGCCGUGGAACUGAAAUUAUCCCGCAAUGAAGACUCAGUGACUUCGCUGGUUGCGGCGCCUCUGGUUGGUGAGGCCGACUCGCUGGUUGCUUUCGCUGGGAUAAAUAGCUCUGUUGAGCAGCAAAAAAAGAAUAAUAACCAGCAUCUGCGCGCGUUCAGAUUCGAUGCGCCGCGUAAGAGUGGUGCGACUGCUACGACACAGAGCGCUGGAGAAACUCAACAAGAAAGCAAGUCUGAGGAGAAGGUCAUUGCUGGAAGUAGCGCUGCUUUGUCACAAGCAUCGCUUUUCCGAACUAAGAACGGGCCAGGCUCUACGGACACGUAUCAACGAGUGACAAGGCUUUCGCCAUGGCCGAAGGGAAAGGAUGGCGCAAAACAUACCCGGAUUGGAGCUAUUGCCACGGGACUGGCGGCGUCUGGUGAGAUUGUCUUGUUCGGCGUCACGGAAACUCCCAGCGAAAAGGAUGUCAUUGGCCGCAUCCAACUAGGCGACAAUGAAGAAGCCGAAGAUCUGGACCUUGUCAGUCUCGAACACGACUCAGAGAGGACCGAUGAUACGCAAGGCCGAUUCUUGCUGGCAUAUACCAAUGGCCCAGAUGUUAUGGUUGGCGAAAUCUCAUCUUCCACUCGAUCCAACAGCGCCCCCGAGGUCCGCUGCGUAUAUACUAUUCCCCUGCCAUCCAGUGGGGCCCCCAGCGCACGACCCAAGUUCCGCGCUCUACGUUUCCUCUCGCCUAGAACCCUGCUCCUGCUGCAGAAUGCACCAAACCGCAGUGGUAGCGAACUCGUACUCCUCCAACUCUCAAGCGCGAAAUCGAGCAAGCCUCAAAUUCUUCGACGCCGCAAGCUCCCUGGAACUCUCAAGAUCGGUCUAGGCCUCGACAUCUGCCAACUAGGAACAAACCCACAAGGCCAGCAACAAACUGUCAUCGCAGUCAGCGGAAGCGACAACUCCAUCCCUAUAUUGACAAUAGAAUAUGGUCCAAACCGCGGCUACAGCAAGUUCCGCCCAUUCACGACCAUCCGCGACGUUCACCCCUUCUCAAUGACAAAACUCACUUUCUCCACCUUCAUCGCACCCUCGCACCCCGUGGGGCCAGAAGUCGGCCCGCAGAACAUCAAGCUCGCCUCCGUGAGCAUGGGCAACACAAUAGUCGUGCACACAUUCCCUCUCUCUCCAUUCCCAACCUCCUCCCGUACCCCGCGCUACGUCCUGGCCGUCCCCGGCCCCGCGGAAAUAUGGGAACUAGUAUACAGCAUCGCCCUGCUACUUGUGUCUAUGUUCGCUAUUUGUCUGUCUAUGCUUGCCUUUGCCGAGAUCCGCGGCGGUACACCUCCUUUCCUCGGCGCCACAGAGUGGCUACCUACUACGAUCCGCAACACCAUUGCCAGGGACUACGUGGUUCCUCCCCGUGAGAAGCUCACAUACUUCGAUACACUGCUCGCGCCUCGAAGCGACAUCCCAGUGGCUCAAACCUUCCCCUCUGCCUCAGACGAAAAGAUCAUUGAAUCCCUCCGCGAGAUCCUCGACCGCGUGCACGGAUCCGGCGCCGCACCCGCGGAUAUUGCAACCACCGCGCCCAAUUCUGUCUCUGUGAUUGUGCGAUGUGGCGAGCCAGGCCACGGCGCCGAGCAAAGCGUGAUUGUUGAAACGGCCGAGUCUUCGCACCACGAGUCCCAGGCGCAGAAGCUGCAAGCUUGGACGGAUCUUUCUUCCUCUGAGCAGGCUGCUUGGAAACAGAAGCUCAUCGAUGCCGGUCGCUGGACCAUGGCUGAGGGCGAGACUGUUCUUUUGGGUAUCUUGUUUAGUGAGGCUUGUGGUGGACUUGGUAGGGCUGUUCGGGAGGGGUUGCCUUGA